AUGUUGUCUUCUUUCUGGCUGGUGCUGGUUACCGCCUGCGGCCUCGGCCAUGCGGCCACGAUAUCGGGCGGGCCUGUCAUCUAUGAGGAUCUUGCCGACUUAGACGUAUUCAGGGUCAACAACACAUACUACUACACUGCCUCGACCAUGCAUUACUCGCCUGGCGCGCCUAUCCUAGAGAGUACCGAUCUGGUGAACUGGGCAUACAUCGGCCACGCCGUGCCGUCGCUUGACUUUGGUAACAAUAAGUACUCGCUCCAAGGCGGCAAUGCUUACGUCAAGGGUAUCUACGCAUCAUCCCUCCGUCGCCGACCAAGCGACGGGCAGUGGUUCUGGGUUGGUUGUAUCGAGUACAGCAGAUCUUACGUUUAUACUGCCCCAUCGGCCACUGGACCAUGGACUCAGCUUGUGCAGUUCUCGAAUCAGUGCUACUACGACUGCGGCCUCCUGUUUGACGAUGAUAUGACACCAUAUAUCGCUUAUGGCAGCAACACCAUCCAUGUCGCACAGCUUGCAAAGGACCUGAAGAGUCGGGUUAAGGACACCGCUGUCUACACUUAUCCUGUAGGUGUCGAGGGCAGCCGUAUGUAUAAGAUCAAGGGCACGUAUUACAUUAUCAACGACGCGCCGAGCACAUUCACUCAAUAUGUCAUGAAAAGCAGCAGUAUCGGCGGAACAUGGACUUCUACUACUCUGGCUGCUGCGCCCGCCUGCCCCGUGUCAGGCGGAGGCCCACCACAUCAAGGUGGCAUCGUGGACGACGUCAAUGGUAACUGGUACUACAUGGCCUUUUGCGAUGCCUUUCCUGGCGGACGAGUACCUGUCCUUGCCCCCAUCCAAUUCAACUCUCAAGGCUUCCCUACGCUGCCUAACACAGAGUCGUGGCCAACAACCAUCACAACACCAAUGGCGGCCAACGUCAUCGCGCCAUAUACAGUCGCCGACACCUUCUCGGGUACCACUCUCGGACCUCAGUAUGAGUGGAACCACAACCCAGAUACGACCAAGUUCAAGGUGAACAACGGAUUGACACUGAACACUGCUACUGUCACUUCGGACUUCAACAUGGCCAGGAACACUCUCACUCACCGUAUUCUAGGCCCUAAGAGUGUGGCAACCAUUAAGCUGGAUUACAGCAAGAUGCAGGAUGGAGAUCGUGCAGGUCUUGUACUGCUACGUGAUGUCUCGGACUGGGUCGGCUUGAUCAAAAAUGGCAACACAGUCACCCUCGGUGUCUGGUCGGGCAUUACCCUGACAUCUGGGAGCAGCGGCUGGUCUACGACUAAUGCUGGUUCGUUGGCUACAUCGACGUCCGCCACGGCGACUGGCACCAUCUAUUUGCGCUGUACGGCCAAUAUUCUGCCAUCUGGCAACCAUCAAGCACAAUUUGCUUACUCAACGAAUGGCAACACGUUCACGAACAUUGGCAAUGCUCAGACCAUGACGACUGCCUGGCAAUUUUUCAUGGGCUAUCGUUAUGAUCGAAUCCUAUCGUCUCGAUGGAAUAAGCCCUUACCAGUACUGCUCAUACCGACUGGUGCCGCAUACUGGGUCGGUAUCCAACAGCGAGAACAGCUACGCGAGAUGGACCAGCAGCAAGCUGAAAUUCUGGAUGCUCUGAGAGCAUUGGCCGAGAAUGAUGUCAGUAAGGUCGAGAGGAUGGCCGGAGCAAGGCAAUGA